UUACAUUUGAGCAGUUGAUAUGUGUUUGGAUGUAAAACAGUAGUAAAGAAGUUUAUUAGUGAAUGAAAAGAACGGCUUCGCUGACUGUACAGAUUCGGCAUUUUCCCGAUGAUCUCACACGGUGUGUUUAUUCUGAAACUCAAAGCCGGUGGUUCAGAUUAAGGAAUAGAGACUUGAAACAAUGGGUGACUGGAGUUUUCUGGGAAGGCUUUUGGAGAAUGCGCAGGAACACUCGACAGUGGUAGGCAAGGUUUGGUUGACUGUGCUCUUCAUCUUCCGAAUCCUAGUGCUGGGGGCUGCGGCUGAGGAGGUCUGGGGAGAUGAGCAAUCUGAUUUCACCUGCAAUACCCAGCAGCCCGGUUGCGAGAACGUCUGCUAUGACAUGGCAUUCCCCAUCUCUCACAUCCGAUUCUGGGUGCUCCAGAUUAUUUUCGUGUCAACGCCCACCUUGAUAUACCUGGGCCAUGUACUGCACAUUGUGCGGAUGGAAGAUAAAAGGAAGGAGAGGGAAGAAGAGAUUAGAAAAGCCCAGAAUGAAGCAGACAAAGAAGUGCUGCUUAAAAAUAGUAAAAAGAAGCUCCCUUUUAGAGAUGACCAUGGCAAAAUCCGAAUUCAAGGGGCUUUACUACGCACCUACGUUUUCAAUAUCAUUUUCAAAGCGAUGUUUGAAAUUGGAUUUAUUGUAGGUCAGUAUAUCUUGUAUGGCUUUAAGCUUAGACCUCUGUACAGGUGCAAUAGAUGGCCAUGCCCCAACACCGUGGACUGCUUCAUAUCACGGCCAACAGAGAAGACUAUCUUCAUCCUAUUUAUGCUUGUAGUGGCUUGCGUGUCCCUUUUCUUGAACCUAAUGGAAAUCUAUCACCUCGGCUGGAAGAAGCUGCGACAAGGAGUGACCAAUCGACAGCCCCCGGAACUCGAGCAGAAGCCGGAGCCCCUGACGCCAGUCACAAAAACUGCCCCGAGCACCUUCAGUUACCCGUACUUCCCGGACACAGCCGAGGGACCCCAUCCCUACCCCGGAGCCCCGCCGAACGAGUUCAAAAUGGCAGCGUUGCCCGAGGACAGAUCGCCGUACGUAAUGUACAACAACAAUUUGGCCGCCGAGCAGAACUGGGCCAACAUGGCCGCCGAGCAAACCCGCCAGCUCAGCGCCAACAACGGCAAUGGGAACGGCAGUCAGGAGCGCGCGCUCCUCGCGCCGGCCAAUCAGGAGAGCGCGUCUGCGGGCGGGGAACCGCGCGGCAAUGGUCACGUGACCACAAUGGCAGAGAUGCACGAUGCUCCUGUUACUGACACACGACCCAUGAGCCGGGCCAGCAGAGCGAGCAGGGCAAGGUCGGACGAUCUGGCGGUUUAGCGCCUGCUUCAUACACCACUCUUCCUCCUUCAUCCACUCUUAAAUCGCUACAAAGUUUUAAUAACAAGUCGGGUAGGUGGAGAACAAUGCAUGCUGAGAAGCAUGCAUUUGCAAUGCGCUCUCGGAGUUGUAUUGUUAGUGGCUUUCACAGAGUCGAUUUUGUUAAAAGUUACACAUCCGUUAGCUUUAACAUUUACACAUGUUCCGAUUUUAUGUUUUUUCAUAAAAGAAAAACUACUGAUAACUUAAUUAGAUAGCCAAAAGUGGCGAAAUGGUUAUGCCCUUGAUUUCGCAUCAUGUUAAAGCCAAACCGGAUUCAAGAAAGUAUACUUUCAAUUGAUUCAUGAUCAUUAAUUUCACCUCUAAGAGCUCAUUUUGCCGAACCCACUACUACAGGUUGACUUAAGAACUGUACUUUUUAAUACGUUAAUCACUUUUAUGGCAAGGUAAGAUGUCUACAGUAAACGCGACAAACAACUCCUUAAAUGUCUUAUUCAAGUUAAAAAUAUGCACUCUGAUUGUAAUCUGUUCCCUUCAAAUGAAUACAGUACGUAAAGCAUUAAAACUGAACACCAAAUUGCAGAAUGCUUCAUUACUCAUGAGAGAUACUCAACUUAGAUCUACUGAAGAGUUGCAGUAUUUUAACUUCUUGGUUUUCAUCCAUCUCCAUUGUUCCACGAGGCCCAACAAUGUAAAACAUUAAAUUGUUCUGCUUAUAGACAAAAGACAGAAGGAAUGAAUGCAUUUUUAUAGCAUAUGGUACAUGGAAAUAACAUGAAUUUAAAUGUAUUCUAAACAGUAUAGCAAGGCAGCAAACAUAAAUCAAUUAUACAUUAAAGGGGAAUACGCUGCAUUUUAUUUGUGUGUGAGGGCACAGUUUGUUUGUAUUAAUAGAUACAGUAUUACUGACAAAUUUAGGAGUCACACUUGGCUACAUCAGAACAGAAGAUGGGUUAGAAUGACCAAGAAGUGUUAUAAAAGUAUAGUUUGCGAUAAAACUAUUUAAAGAGUAAUGUUUUUACUUCUUAAAAAGGUGUUAAAGUUAAGUUUACCAUCACAACAUUGCUUUGAAUAAAAUUGAAAUAGUCCUAAGUGUUCAUUUAAGAAUAUGCACUACCUUUCCAACACCAUGUUAAAUUUGGAACUACCAAAUGGUAGUUCUGUAAUUAUUGCUAUAAGCCUUAAUUGCAGAGAUGACAAAAUACUGCUAAUAUUCCAGGGAUAGGAUAUAAUGUUGCAGCCUAAUUUUCAUUGCUGGAAAAAAAAGUGAAUUGAAUUUUGUUGCUUUGGGCAUUUAGUUUUGAUAUGUUUUUCAAGAUUUGGAAUCUUGGCUAAUAUCAGGAAAACAAGUGUUAAAAUGCCAAUUGACCUUGACAGCCAUGGUAGAAUCUUGCAAAGAAUCAUUAUGCAAAGCAAGGCUGCACAGGCCCAUCAUAUCACAUCUUUUUAGGAGAUAAGCACUUGAGUAAAAGUUGAUAAAACUUUCAGGAAGAAAGGACAUACAGAAGAUACGUUAUGUAUUAGAGGUAUUCUAGGUUUCAUCUUUGCUUCAAAGCCAGAUUGAUUUUGGAAACAGAUUUUAUGACCAGAAACCUUUUUUUAAAAAGGAGAAAUGCUUAUUACUUUAAUUGCAUGGUUUUAUGCAAAAGCUAUUCUCAAAAUGUAGUUUAUUUUCUGAAGUACCCUAACUCAAAAAAAAUCUUAGAACAGACUUAAUUGUGGCCCUGUUUUUGGUUAUAUUGAAAAGAUAGUGCAUCAAAACAAACAAAUCUGCUCUUCUCAAUGAGAUGAUUUUCUCAUAUAACGUUUUAAACAAUUGGCUCUUGCUUUGAAUCCAAUAGAUAAUUGUCCAAAUAAACAAGCAAAAUUACAUAUUCCUUGAAUUAAGGAAUCAAAGGCUUUCUUUAAUGUAUUCCAAGGAUUGAUUUAAUUUUCUAUCUUGGCAUUACUUUAUUGAAACCCGUAACAUUAUUAACUGAAGAAAUGAAGGAAUAAGUUUAUAGGUGUAAUGUUUUUAACAUUCUUUAUUUGCACCUAUUUUCUUGUGCUGUAUGUGCUAUCUUUGUGCCAAUGUUAUGGUUUCUGAAACUUUACAUUAUCUAAAAUUGCACAUUUGAGCAAAUAAAAAACGAAAACAGAUGCCAAAGUUUACAUUGUUGGAUACCAAAUUAUAAGAAAAUGGCCCUGCUGACAUGUAUUGAAUCCAAAAUUAAAUGUCUUAAUACCAAAUUGGGGCUCUUCACAGAAAAGGCAGUACAUACAAUAAAAAAUAAUUUCUGGUAUACACAUAAAAGUUAUUUACAAUGUUAUUGUAUUACACCUGGUUUAUGUUGAAUAUGAGAAAUACAAAGCUAUAGCCACAGAAUAAUUUACCUUGUGAUAGAUAAUCAUGUAGCAUUGGGAUAUAGCAGUUGGGCAUAUUUGGUGAUUAGUCCAAUAUACAUUUGCUAGACCAAAAGACUAUAUUAGGUGAGAAAAUAUUUUGUACACUAAAUUUGAGUUGACUGAUUAGGUUUCUUAAUUCAAUGUGUUGCUUUCUACCAUGCUUUUCGUUAACAGCUGAAGACUUGCCUGGAGGCUUCAAAGCCUGCUUGUUGCCCAUGAAAACAUUCUAUCACUUACCUAAUAUAUCCUUCAUUCAGUGAUAAAGUACUUUCUGGGCAGUCAGGGACAUUCAAUCAUUCGGAGCAAAAGCAGCAAAGCUGUUUUAAGUACUGUCUUUAAAGAUGUGCCUUAUGUAUUAUAAUCUGUAAGAGCAAAUUGAUGUAAAUGUUAAUUUACCUCAAAUGUUUACAAAAG